AUGACAGAAUCAGAAACAACAUCAAAAAAAGUUAACAAAAGAGUUAAACCAGUACCUAAAUCAACUAAAGCAGGUUUGAUUUUCCCAGUUGGUAGAAUUCAUAGAAUGUUAAAGAAUAAAGUACCAUUAAAGAGAGUAUCAAUUCUAUCGUCAGUUUAUUUAGCAGCAAUUUUAGAGUAUUUAGCAUCAGAGGUAUUAGAAUUAACCAUCUCACAAGUUUCAAUUCAAUCUAAAGAAUAUCACAAUGUAAGAAGAAUUUCACCACGUCAUUUACUUUUAGCAAUUAAAACUGAUGAAGAAUUAGAUAAUUUAAUUAGAGUUUCAACAACAAUUGCUGGUGGUGGUGUCAUCCCAUACAUUCAUGAAGUUUUGAAAAAGGUUGAACAAAAACCAACUCAUCCACAACAAAAACAAACAAUUAAAUCAAUUUAA